AUGUAUGGAGAUCUCGGUCAUAAGCUUGUGGGGGAAGCGAAAAGAGUGGCUAACUUGUCUGAAAUCUCACUUUAUCUGAGUGAUCUUGUAAAUGGUAUCGUUCGAGAAACCCGAGAGCUUCAAAAUGAUGUCGAAUUCCUUGCAGAGAUGGAUUUGCUGGAGAUAGAAGGGGUCGAUGAGAAGAAGCUUCAAUUACAGUUAUUCUUAGUUCAAUUGAGUAUGAGAAGGAAUAAACGAUGUCUCUUGGCUUAUGAAAAACUGAGAGCGAACAAGAUAGUACAGUUUUCAUGGCUUAAUAUUGAUCCCAUGGAGACAGAACUAGUGGGACAAGAAGAUACUACCCCAGAUUCAUCUAAAUCUACAGCAGGUAAAUCAUUGGGAGGGAAUCCAUCUUUUGGUAAUAUGUGCAGUGUCAACGCAGCCCUAGGUAUAUCUGACUAUACCACGAAGCUAGCAAUUGACAACUUGAGUCAUGCUGAACAGGAGUAUCUACGUCAGUAUCAGAACUUACUUUUGAACUACAAAUCCAAGUUUGCGGAUAUUGACUUAUCUGGUGACUUACUACCUCCUCAAGAUAUAUUUAUCGAUGUGCGAGUGUUAAAGGACGGUGGAGAGGUUACAACAGAGUUUGGUGUGUUUAAUAUCGUGAAGGAUUCUCAAUUCUAUGUACGGAAACUGGAUGUUGAACGUCUUAUCCAACAAGGGUACCUUGAGAAAAUUUAG